AUGCCUUUCGUCACUAGAGCUGUUGCUGCCUAUUCAAGGAGUAUCACGACUCCCGUCCUCUUCACCGGCAGGACACAGUUGACCCGGGCCUUCUUCUCGACGUCACCUUGCCACCAAAAGGGCCCUAUCCAGGCAACCAAAGACACCCUAAAGGCAGCGGAUAGGCUAGUCUCAGAUGCUGCGGUCAAGGGAAUUGAGAAAGGAGAGGCUGCAACAAACAGGAUAAAGCACACCAUAGGGUCUGCGAGCAAGCAAGCAGAGCGCGGAGCAGAAGAUGCUGCGAAGAAGACUACCAGAAAGGCAUCAGACGUAGCCGAUGAAGCGGCCGAGAAGGAGCAAGAAUUCACAGGGAAGGCGUAG